GUGUGUCUGGUUCAGAUGGAGUCUCAGUGUCAGUGACGGAGGGAGAUUCAGUCACUCUACACACUAAUGUUAGCUUAAACCAACAAGAAAAGAUUCAUUGGUAUUUUAAUGACAUUCGCAUCGCUUACAUUAAAGGAGAUCUCAGUAAUAGCUGUACAGAUGUUCAGUGUAAUUCAGGUACUGAGAGAUUCAGAGACAGACUGAAGCUGGAUCAUCAGACUGGAUCUCUGAACAUCACAAACACCAGAACCACAGACUCUGGAGAAUAUAAACUAGAGAUCAUCAAAGGCAGUGAGAGUGAAACGAUCUUCAGUGUUACUGUCAUUGGUGUUUCUGCUCCUGAACGAGAUGAAAUAUGUGUGAAGGAGGGAGAAUCUGUUACUUUAGCUUCUGGUGUAAUGAAAAACCCAAAUGAUUCGAUGAGAUGGUAUUUUAAUGAUACUCUCAUCGCUGAAAUCACUGAAGAUCAGUGUAAGAUCUGUGCAGAUGAUCAGUGUGAAAAGAGAUUCAGAAACACACUGGAGGUAAAUCAGACUGGAUCUCUGAUCAUCACAAACACCAGAACCGCAGACUCUGGACUCUAUCAACUACAGAUCAACAGCAGCAGAUUCAGCAUCAUUAGGAGCUUCGGUGUCACUGUCACUGUGUCUGAAGUGCGUAUCCAAAUGCUGCAGUGA